AAGUGUAUUUAAUAAGACUGGAUGAGAUAUAAAUAAUGUUUGUAUGAAAAGUGGAUAUUAAAAUGCGUUCCAUUUCGUGUAGAAUAUUGAAAAACAAUUUGCUGAAGUGUGGAAACUAUAAGCAGCUAUGCUACAGAAAUGUUUCAGUUACAAGUUUUGCCUGUGAAAAGGCCAAAAGAAAUUUACUAGGUGGUCCAAACUUAAAAGAUUUCUUCAAGAAUGAGAACUUGGCAAUGCAGGAAAAUAUACCAGAGGAAGAGGUUAUACCUUAUUUGAAGGAUGUAAAGAAGUUUGGAGGCAGAAGGAAAGUGUACUUUGAUGUUUACGGGUGCCAGAUGAAUGUAAAUGAUACUGAGAUCAUAUGGUCAAUACUAAAAUCCAACAAUUUUUUAAAAACAGAUGACCUGAAUGAUGCAGAUGUGGUAUUAAUAAUAACCUGUGCAAUUAGAGAAGGUGCUGAGACAAAGAUUUGGAAUCGGCUGGAAUAUUUGAAAGGUAUUCGCAAUCAGAAGUUGAAAAAAAGCAAAAAUGCAACACCUAUGAAAAUUGGAAUCUUGGGUUGCAUGGCUGAGAGAUUGAAGCACAAAGUGUUGGAAAUUGAUCAGAGUGUGGAUUUGGUGGCUGGACCUGAUAGUUAUAAGGAUCUACCAAGACUCUUAGCCUUGACUCAAAACAAUCAGACUGCUGUUAAUGUUCUGCUUUCUCUGGAUGAGACUUAUGCUGAUAUAAUGCCAGUCAGGCUUAAUGAGAACAGUAUAUCUGCCUUUGUGUCCAUAAUGAGGGGCUGUGAUAACAUGUGCACUUAUUGCAUAGUGCCUUUUACCAGGGGACGUGAAAGAUCGAGGCCCAUCAGUUCGAUUUUAGAUGAGAUUAAACAAUUACGGGAUCAAGGCGUAAAGGAGAUUACGCUUCUCGGGCAAAACGUGAACAGCUAUAGGGAUUUGUCGGAGUCCACCGUGAAGACAAGCACGAACUUAGUUAAGGGUUUCAAGACUGUCUAUAAGACCAAAGUCGGUGGUAUGAGGUUCGCCGAUCUGCUGCAUCGAGUAGCUGAGGUUGACCCGGAAAUAAGGAUCAGAUUCACGAGUCCGCAUCCCAAGGACUUUCCAGAUGAAGUCCUGCAAGUGAUUCAAUCGUACCCAAAUAUGUGUAAGAAUCUCCAUUUACCCGCGCAAAGUGGAAACUCGAACGUGCUGGAAAGAAUGAGAAGAGGAUACACCAGAGAAGCUUACCUUGAACUUGUUGAUCAUGUGAGGAGGUUGCUGCCUAAUGUGGCCAUAAGUUCGGACUUCAUAUGCGGUUUCUGCGGCGAAACGGACGAGGAGUUCGAAGAUACUCUCAGCCUCAUCGAGAGGGUUGGAUACAACACUGCCUAUUUGUUUCCAUAUAGUAUGCGGGAGAAGACGACGGCGCAUCGAAGGUACAAGGACGAUGUACCGCAGGAGGUUAAGCAAAAGAGGUUGGACAGGAUGGUCGAACUGUAUCGGCUGCACGCAGAUCGAUUGAAUAGACAGCAGAUCGGUAAUUUGCAGUUGGUGUUGAUUGAAGGACUUAGUAAGAGGUCGAGUGCCUUUUUGGCCGGUCGAAACGAGGCCAACAUCAAAGUCAUAAUACCUGGAGAAGAUGAAUUGAGCUGGAAGACAGGCACGGAACAGCGUAGCAUCAGACAAGGAGAUUACGUUGCGGUGCAAAUUAACUCUGCCAAUUCGCAAGUGCUCAAGGGGAUUCCCCUGUAUUUAACCACAUUAUCUGACUUUUAUAGGGACAAAUAUUUGUACCGGGAUAAGAUCGAUAAUCUUAAGUACAGUAGCAUAUUGUAAAAAGUCAAAAUAUGUAUAUAUUUUUAUUUGUUGAAUUUCAAAUUAUAUAAAAAAAUCUUUUAAGUUAAUUGUUUAUUUAGUACUAUAUAGUACCCACUACACUCCAUUCAUAUUAAGUCUA